UUUUUUGCGUCUAUUGAAUUAACAUUUUUACUGUCAUGAUUGUGGAGCAUGCGUGUGACUGAAACAUAUAAUUCGAUAUGUUUACAAGUUGAACUGCUAUAUUUUAUCAAAAUGGAGGGCAGACUUGAUGGCAAAAGAGCUCUCGUUACAGGAGCUGGAAAAGGAAUCGGUCGAGAAAUCGCCAAAAGAAUAGCUGAAUGUGGUGCUGAAAUAUUCGCACUAAGUAGGACGCAAGAAGACCUUGAUAGUCUGAAAGCAGAGGUACCAAAUAUCAACAUAAUGAACGUGGACCUACAAGACUGGGAUAAAACAAGAGAGGAAGUCAGUAAGAUCGGUCACAUAGACUUACUGGUCAACAAUGCUGGUGUUGGCUGUAGAUUGCCAUUCAUAGACACACCAAAAGAAGAGAUAGAUAGGUUAUAUGAUGUCAACGUUAAAGCUGUGUUCAAUGUUUCGCAGGUAAUUGCCAAGCGCAUGAUAGAAAAAGGAGAAGGCGGCUCAAUAGUAAAUAUAUCCAGUGUAUUGUCAAGGACAGCUCAUACUGAAGUCAGCGCUUAUUCUUCAACAAAAGGUGCCGUCGAUAAUAUGACCAGAUGUAUGGCUCUAGAACUCGGACCACAUAACAUAAGGGUCAAUUCAGUAAACCCAACUGUCAUAAUGACAGACAUAAUGAAAGGACACGAGCAUACAGUAGCAAGUUUACUGGAAAGAACACCAAUGGGAAGGUUUGCUGAAAUAAAAGAUGUAGUGAACGCCGUAGUAUUCUUACUGAGUGACCAGAGUUGCAUGAUAAGUGGCGAAUGUCUUCGUGUCGAUGGAGGAUUAGGAGUAUACUGAACCCAGGUUAUUCGUCCUGUGUUGACUUAAAAGAACUAUGAAUAAAGAUAUAACUUUCAGUUUUA